GCUGGUUGACCUGCGCAGACCGAAAAGGUAUGCACGAGCAGGAAGAUGAGUUGGCGAUGGAGUUUGUCAAGGAAGGAUGCGACUGCCAUCGACCAGUGUUCGAACCCAAGUACCUCAGAACCCACCGCGCCGGCAGCGUCAAGUUGAUCCGGUGCUUUCCGCACUGUUGUCCAUCACACUCGUUUGCGAGCUUUUGCACGUCGUCUAUUGGGUUGACCGUGUCCAGUCAAGAUGUCGACACCGUCGCAUUUCUCCGGUUUCAGUCCGCGGCGACAUCCACGUUGGACCGCGGCGCCGUCAUCUCCAUCUCGGACGUCCGCACGUCGGACAACGUCAAGGGCGAAUGGAUUCCCAGCGAAAGCCGGUCGUUGUUAGUCGCCACGACUGCGACGCUGUUUCGGUUCAACCACGUGCAUCACGUGGGAUGGCACUACGGGUGGAUGGGUACUUCAACCAAAGCCCACCGGACGUCGCCGCAUCACUUGGUCGCGUAUGUACUGCAACGGUCAGCUUCGUCUUCAACGACCAAGGCGGCGGCGGCGUCGGAUGGCGGCCGGUUCGUGGUCCGAGGAGUGCUCACAUCCCCAUCUUUCAUCGUCAUGAGCUACCGCCGCGCCUGUUAUGCGUGCCAAAAGCACCGCAAUCACACUGCCAGCACCAAGUGCGAGUGCGAAGGCGAGUUCAACGUGUCGUCUACAUCAGCACCAUCACCGCCGCCGCCGUCCACCUCGACAACCUCUCAAGGUCGUCGGCUAGUAGUACUAGUAGUAGUAGUAGCCUCAUAUCCAUCAUUCGAUCAUCAUUCACGUCGAACGAUAGAGCGUCCUCUUUCUUCGACUGCAAUCGAGAACGACCUGCGGUCGAUCUUGCACUGCGUCCAACUCACACCACUGGGCGCGUUGGUCCGCUACUUGCCAGCCAUUGAAAGCCACCUCGCGCGUCUAGUUCUAGGCCACAACUACAAGGUCGCGGCGUCACUGCUGGCUUCCCUUGUCCAUGCGUCACCCCAUCGGCGUACAUGCCUCUUGCUUCCGCCAUCAUCAUCUCAUAUGUUCGUAGGCCACCAAGGAGAACAACAAGUCGACGGGUUGGUCGUCGAGUGUGUACUGCAAGCCCUCACCAGUGCCUUCUCGAACAACUACCGCACACACUUUGGACAUUACGCGACCUUCCUCUUUGAUAAGCCGGCGCUCAUCGACGCAUAUAAUCACUGGGUGGCGUGGUGGUCCAGUCAAGUGACCCAUCGACUCGCCAGUCACUCGAACGCGUCCUUGGCGGAGCUGGCCCGUCGCAUUAAUAAGCAUGCCGCCAGCCCCAUGCUAUCGAUGUCCGACGGCGUCGAGUACUUUGUGGCCCAACUGCGAGAAGUGUACUUGGGAACCGCCGGCCAUCCUUCCAAGAUGCCGUUUCCACCCAACAAUGCGCUGGGCACGAUGCACGGACUGUGGACGUUCAGCCAUGUGCAUGGCGGCAUCGACCUUCGGCUUCCCAUGUCGUUGCUGACCGUGCUUCGAUGCAUGAGCAUGCUCUACGUGAUGGACAUCGGAACCGCCAAGGACGAGUGUGGGGCGUCUGUCCUGCAUGUGCGCGCGCCCGUGCCGCUCUACAACACGAUUGGGUCCAUCUUUGUCGUCGACGGCACGCCGCGGGUGUUUCGCGCGUUCCCCAACGGAGAAAGCACCAUGACCAACAUGUCUGGGUUCAUCCAUGGGGACUAUAUCGCCAACGCAUCAUCACCGCACGAUGCCGUGGAAGUGCGUGUAUUCAGCUGGCCCGUGGAUGCGGCCUUCGCGUAUGUAACGCGAUGUCGCGCGGCCGUUGCUCCUGGUUCAACGCAGAUGUCCCUUGACAUCCAAGUAUGCCGAUUCCCCGUGGAAGCGUCCUUGGACUGGUCUACCAUGACCUCCAUCGAGCGAUGCAGUCACUACCGCCGAGACAUGGAAGCUCCCGUCUUUCAAGGUUGCUUUGUUUACAUCCCCCACCUAGAAAUUCCGUAACUGCCGCCAUCAACCCAAAAUAUCAAACACGAUUUUUUCGUCCAAACAAUAUUAAUAUUCACGAAAAAUUCCAAAAUGAUACAAUUAUCCAGCAUUCCAA